UAAUGAUUAGAUUGUUUGUUAAGAAGGGGUUGUUCUCGCCGUUCCGGGCGCCGUCUCUGAGCUGAGCUACGGCCCAUUUCAAUGGCCGAUUUCUACACUCUUCUUUCUCCCGGGAUGAGAAAAGUCCCUUAAAACUCCAUUGUUGCAACACUUGAAAGCUUUUAGCGACUCUACUCUACCAUGACCAUUCCCCAAUCACUAUUCAUCGUCGUCCGCCACUUCUCCUCAGCUUCCACCAUACCCAAGGGCCUCUCCAGAUACCCAAACCUUCCCCAAAUCCAUUCUAAGUACAAGCCUAAAGUCGUGGAAGAAGCUCAGAAAGCCUUGGUCGAGUACCUCCACGCCACCAGGUCCUUGCCCUUCACCUAUGCCGAGCACAUUGGCCGAAACUCCAUUGUCUCGCUCGCCAAUCUAAUCCGAAAGAUCGAUUUCUCUGCCCCAACUUUCUCCAGAAGCUUCCGGAAGCUCCUCAGGUACCAGCCCAUCAAUGAAUUUGAGUUUUUCUUUGAAAGCAUUGGGAUAGAUCAUAGUGAUGUGCCUGGGUUUUUGCCUGCGAACAAGUUCUUCUUUUCUGAAGAUGGGUCUGUUCUUAAUGCUGCUUAUGCUCUUUCUGGAUUUGGGUUUCCAUGGAAUAGGUUGGGGAAGUUGUAUAGAGAAGAAGUUUUGAUUUUUAGUAGAAGUUCUUCUGAGCUUAAGGCUAGGCUUAAUGGGUUUAAAGAAUUUGGCUUUGCUAGUUUAUCUGUGGUUGGUAUAUGUUUAGCUUUUCCUUAUUUGUUGAGGUUGGAAGGUGAAUUGGGUGGUGAGGUUGAGGCUUUGUUUUGUGAUUUGAAAAGGGUUUUUGUAGAAUUCAAUAUGGGGAGUUCUGUUGAGGGAAAUGUGGAUGCUUGGUUUGACGUUUGUAGUAAGGUUAAGGUGUUUUAUGAUUUGGGUUGUGAGAAGGGAAAGGUUGGGGAACUAAUGUGUAGGAAGAAAGGGCUUUUUCUUGAAUGCCCAAAAGAGGUUUUGGUUCAAAAAGCAAACUACUUUUGUAAAUUGGGUGUUGGAGCAGAUUGUGUGGGGUUGUUUCUUCUUCAGAGUCCUGAAAUGUUGAGUCUUGACUUUGAAACACCGGCGAUUUCGAUUUUGGGAUUGUUGAAACAUUUUGGAUUGAGCUCUGAAGAAUUGCAGCAUGUUAGUCAAAAGUACCAUCAUGUGUUGGGAAGAAAUAAAAUGGCUAAUUUGCCUCGGGUGAUGAGGGCUUUGGAUCUUCAUGAAUGGUUCUUUGAUAAGAUUGAGAGCUCAAAUGGCCAAUUACUGGCAGCUUACACCAUUGCUUCUCCUGAUGAAGAUAUAGACACAGAGUUUGAAAGUGCAUUGAAGAAGAUGGAAUCUUCAAGGACACCGAUUCAUACGAUGUGUAAACUGGAGUUUUUGAAAGGAAUUGGGUUUGGAGAGAACGCUUUGACUAUGAAGGUCCUAAAAAACUUACAUGGAACCAGCAGUGAGUUACAGAAACGGUUUGAUUGCCUUCUUAGCAAGGGUAUUGAAUACUCAAAGCUCUGUUUUCACAUUAGGAUGGCACCGAAAAUUCUCGGUCAAAGCCCAGAAAUGUUGGAACAGAAGGUAAACUUUUUGUGCCAGGAUAUGGGAUCAUCACUGCAGUACCUUGAUAAUUUCCCAGCAUUUUUGUGUUUUGAUCUAGAAAACCGGAUCAAACGCAGAUAUGGAUUUUAUGUUUGGCUUGAGGAGAAUGGUUUAUGUAACAAAAACUACUCCAUUGCAAGCUUGAUUGCUACCAGUGAAAAGCAAUUCCUUGCCCGGCUGUUUGGAAUUCACCCGGCUGCUCCGAAACAGUAUUUAGAGUGUUGUUCAUACAAAGUGCCCUUCAAUAAUUCCCAGAGAAAGUUUCUGAUUUAAAUCUUAAACCAGUGUGUUGAGAACUUCCUUUAGAAGUUUGCCUGAGAAAUUAACCCUUAACAUAGACCCUUAUGAAAGUUUUGCUGAUUUCUGUUUAAUAUUUCUGGUAAAAUGAUCAUCAAUUUUUUUUCCCUACAGUUCAGGUUCAAACAUGGUUAAGAUUACUUAUGGCCUUAAGGCUUGUACAUGUGGAGAUUGUCAUUUUGUUGUAUAAUUAUUUAUGGCAUCAAGAAUUUUGCAUCAGAAAUAAAUAUACAUUUUUUUCCCA